UGACUGGCACUUAAGAACAAAAGUUAUUGUCGUGACUCUGAUUAUGAUCUAAGACCUAAGGUUUGAAUGGAAUCAGUUGAGGCAAAUAUUUUUCUGUCACAACAUUGCCAGUAAUGCAUUCCCUUAGUUAGAGAUUUUAGAUUCUCGAGGAAGCGGCUCUUUUUUAAAAUAGUGCACAUAUUAAAAAGUCCUUGAUCAAAAGAAUACAUAAAUUAAACAAUAAAAGUCUGGUGUUUUCUCAAUACAUAUGUAGUAUACAUCAUUCAUGUAACAUUUCUUUGAAUAGACAGAGGCCCACAUACAUUACAAUGUUCUGUAACACACACGUAUGUUCGUAUGCUUAUUUAUACGUAUGUGAUGAUUCAUUCUGUUAUUAACCUACAAUCAAAUGUGCGUUCCACCGACCGUAUUACACUGAAAAAUGAUCACGUAAACUGGAAUAUUAAAUGACAGUGUCCAUCUAAAGUCACGUGUAAUGCUGAUGAUCAAUUCUAAUGUACAUUUAAUUUCGGAAGAAUGGAAAAAGAAAGGUUCACAAUGCUCCUUUUGGAGCCGGGAGAAAUAUUUUUUGAAGAUUAUAGCGUUCAAAUGAAAGCGCUCGAUGUUUCUACCUCAGAAGAACAGAAAUGGAUAGAUGGGAGAUUGAAAUUAUGUUCAAAAUCAUUAGUAUUUGUAACUAAGGAUAUCAAUCAGCCUUUGAUAAAAGUACAACUCAGAGAAGCAAUAGAUAUCGAUGAAUGUGAGUCUGUUGACACCACGUUGAAUAACCUAUUGUCAGUGAAUUGUAAGCAAUAUGUAGAAAUGUUGGAGAAAAAUAUUUUGGCUCCGUACAAAUUUAUCCAUAAACAAGCCACUUUGUAUUUUCACUUUAAUUAUGCAAAAAUAGAAGACUGUCUCCCACAAAUUUUACAAUUGUUUAGAGCAGCAACAUUGCCAACAGCCGAACAGAACGCUAUGAUUAUGGCUAUUGUACAUUCUAGACAAUCAAGGGUGUCGUUUGAUACAUCUUGGUUGGAGGAUCUGUAUGAACAAGUUGUGUUAGAAACUCAAGCAAGUAAAGUAUUACCGCUCGUCAUAAAUCCAGGAAGGAUAUUGUUAACAACUUCUAGAAUAUAUUUCCAGCCUUAUAAUAAUUUGGAUCAGCAUCCGGUUUUAAAAAUACAACUGAAAGAGAUUAUUAAUGUUAUAAAGAGAAGAUUUCUUUUAAGACAAGUUGGGCUCGAAAUUAAUUGGACAAAGCAGCCAGAGAAUAAAACGGAGCACCUCUUCAUAUCAUUGAACAAUCAACACGAUAGAGAUGAACUUUAUAAGAGUCUAUUAAAUCAACCAGCAGUGUCUUUGGAAAGAAUACCUCAAGAUCAAAUGACCAUGAGAUGGCAAAGCGGUUCUUUAUCAAAUUACGAUUACCUCCUGUACAUUAAUAGUUUGGCAGAUAGAACUUUUCAUGAUUUGACUCAGUAUCCAAUAAUGCCAUGGAUAAUACAAGACUAUACAUCUUCUACGUUAGAAUUAAAUGAUCCUAACGUGUACAGAGAUCUUUCAAAACCUAUUGGAGCACUUGAAUCCGACAGAUUAGAAAGACUGAAGGAACGAUAUGCAGAAAUGUCGGAACCAAAAUUUUUGUAUGGUUCGCAUUACAGUGCCCCCGGAUUUGUAUUAUUUUAUUUAGUACGAAAAUAUCCUCAGUAUAUGUUGUGUCUACAAAAUGGCAGAUUCGACCAUCCAGAUAGAAUGUUCAACAGUGUAGCUGACGUAUGGAAAAAUGUUUUGGUGAACAUGUCUGACUUUAAAGAACUGGUUCCGGAAUUUUAUGAUACAAACAGUGCUGGUGAUUUUUUAGUGAAUAGUUAUAGUAUCGAUUUCGGUUACCGACACAAUGGUACAAAAAUUGGAGAUGUACAAUUACCACCAUGGGCGAAAGGACCAACACAUUUUAUACAAGUAUUAAGAGAUGCUCUAGAAAGUGACUACGUGUCUCGUAAUCUUCAUCAGUGGAUUGAUUUAAUAUUUGGAUACAAACAAAGGGGAAUAGAAGCUGUGAAAGCCGACAACGUAUUUUUUCAUUUAUGCUACGAGGGAGCUAUAGAUUUAGAUACCAUUCGAGAUGCUAACGACAGACACGGUAUAGAAGUACAAAUAAUGGAGUUUGGACAAAUACCAAAACAAAUAUUCACGUUACCUCACCCUAAACGCUCUGUUCCAUUCAUGGAGACAUUGUACAGCGAAACUGCUUUGCUGUCAUUAAAAUGUGGAUCGGAAAAUGUAAAUGUCGGUGAAAAAGUAUUUGAAUUAUCCGAAUUAAUGACAUUUCAAUCGCAUAAAGAAAGCGUAAGCUGUUUGUUAGUGAUGAAUACAGGAAAAAUGGACGAAGUGGUGUCUGUGGGACAAGAUGGAACAUUGAAAUUUUUCAGUACUGAAACGAAAAAAUUAACACGUAGCGUAGCUCUGUCGAUGCUACCACUUUCUUCUUGCAUAUCGUACUGCACGACUUCCCAUGACAAUAUAUUAGUUGUUGGUUCCUGGGAUAAUUCAUUAAUAUUUUAUGACGUCGAAUUCGGCAGAGUUAUAGACAUACUUCAAGGUCACGAAGAUGCUGUUUCCUGUUUAGCAAUAAGUACUUCUCGUCAGAUUAUUAUAUCUAGUUCAUGGGACUGUACAGCGAAAGUUUGGCGAACUUAUGUUUCCGGGAAGAAAAUUAAACCAGCAGAUUAUCUUAUUGCUCAAUUAGAUCAUGACUCCAAAGUGACUUGCAUCAAUAUAUCCAGGGAUGAGACGUUAUUAAUAUCUGGCACGGAAGAUGGAGAAAUUUUUUUGUGGAAUCUAGACACUUAUAAUCUGCAACUUACUGUGAAAGGACAUUCUGGCAGAAUAAAUGCAAUGACGUUUGAUCCAGAAGGCAAAAGCAUUAUAUCGUGUGCAGAAGACAAAGCAUUGAAUAUAAUCGAUAUUUUAACAAGUACACAGAUUUAUCGUACAACUAUAGAACACGAACCAUUAACAUUGUCAUGGUUCAGAAUCUUUUUAUUGAUAGGAGACAGCAAUGGAAAUAUUAAUGUGUGGCACCGUGCAGAUGCAGUUUUCGUUUCGCAAAUACACUGUCAUGAUGGGCCAAUUUACGCAUUGUCCGUGUCCGCAGAAAAUAAUGUUAUUUUAACUGGUGGUAAGGAUAGAAAAAUAAUUGUGUGGGAAUGCAAAAAAUUAUGAUUUUCCUUGUAACAUCGCGGAUGAAAAAAUUUGUUUAUAAAGUCGAUUGUGAGAACAGUAUACAGAGAAUUUUUAACGUAAGAACAAUAUAACAGGCAAACUAAUUGCAUUUUAUCGUGCAACACUCGUUUGAUAAUUUGUUACAAUGUUUGUUGAUAGUCUCUAAAUAUAUAUGGUCGUACGAGUUUACAAGAUUCUAGGCUUUAUUUUAUACUGCGACGUAUUCUUAACGAUUUGUUAAAAUAAUUUGUCGAAUGUGUUCCAUUUAAUAUGCUGCUUUUUUUUUGUAAAUCGUGCAUUUGGUCAUAAAUAUUAUUCUACAAUAAACUGGUACACAGUAA